AUAAAUUAGAUAAAUAAACGAUUGUGAAAAGUGAAUUGCAAGGCUUAUUAAAAAAAUAUCUUAAGUUCCGAAAUUUAGCAUGAAACGCAAAUAGUCAUAUCCUUUCAAGUCUAUAGCGAUGAAAAGACUCAUUAAUCUCUUGACACGGUGUGGUGCUGUGAAUAUGAGACGCUGUGAUAUUCUAGUUUAUAUUGUGAGCGCAUGUGUGCCCAUAUAUUCCACAAAUGCGAGUCUUCUACAAACAACAGAGACAGGUGAUGUUAUCGACUAUCUCAAACCUAACACGACUUGCGGAAACGUGACAUGUUAUGGACCUUUCACGACUAACUGCACUACUACUCUGAGCAAAGAAUGUGAUUGUAUUGUUGGUUUUGAGGGCGAUGGGUGUGAGUUUGAUUCCGAUGAAUGUGGACCCGGGCACCGACCGUGUGGCACAGGAGGUAUAUGUGUCAACACACUCGGAAGUUUUAACUGCAUUUGCCUAAACGACUGGAGUGGAGUCCACUGCCAUGAUAGGAUCGGAAAUAACACCGAAUGUAUUCCGGGAUGGACUGGACUAGAAUGCCACACUGAUAUAGAUGAAUGUAAAAAUGUGUCACUCUUUAAUUGCUCCAACAAUCAUCACUGCGAAAAUACCCGUGGCAGCUACUCUUGCAAAUGUGACGCUGGUUGGACUGGAUCUAAUUGUACAGAAGACCUGAAUGAGUGUAACCACAGUAUAUGUCAGCACUCUGGCACUUGCAGCAAUACCAUUGGCUCAUACAGCUGUCUUUGUCCCACGCAAUGGACUGGAACAGACUGUAAGGAUGAUGUAAACGAAUGUUUACUUUCGGUUUGUGAUCAUGCGGCUAACUGCACAAAUAUCCCCGGUUCGUAUAAAUGCGAAUGUCCACCAGAAUGGACUGGACAAAAUUGUUCUGUGAAAAAUUUCUGCUUCCCAAACCCAUGUAUGAACAACGGGACUUGCCAUAAUCAACAAACGGGGUCAAACUGCUCAUGUGCUGCUGGGUGGACAGGUGAAACGUGCGCAGCCGAUAUAAACGAAUGUAUAACAUCGCCGUGCAUGCACAAUGCCAGUUGUACAAAUACCGAGGGAUCGUACUCGUGUAAUUGUUCAGUCGGGUGGGAAGGCAAUAAUUGUGAAAAUGACGUUGACGAAUGCUCACAAAACGCAUCCAUCUGUAUGCAUGGGUCAGCUUGUACCGAUGUUGAUGGUUCUUAUAUAUGUAAUUGCAUAAGUGGAUUUGAAGGUCGCAACUGUGAGACUGAUAUAGACGAAUGUCAGUCCGCCCCAUGUCUGAACAACGGGACUUGUAACAAUAGCAUUGGUUCCUUCAACUGCGCAUGCGCUCAGAACUUUACCGGGACGAACUGCGAUAAGGAGCUAUCCACAAGUACUGAUCCCUUGUCAGGUAACGGAGCCGAUAACACGCCGGUUAUUGUGGGUUCGGUGCUGGGAAGUAUGGUAGCUGUUGGGGCCGCAGUGUCUGGCGUAUUUCUUUUAAAGAAAUUUAGAUUUGGGCGGUUCAACAAAACGCACAGUGAAUUUUCAUCAGAUGGCUUGAAUCAAGGCAAGCAAACUGAAGAAACACCUUCAAUGCCGGGACAAACCAAGUUUCAGAAAGCUCAUAUGACUGCUCAUGUGACCCUAAAUGGACGGGGAAUACUGUGCGAGCGAGAAUUUUGUUUAUCGUCUCCAUGCUCUAACAACGGCACGUGUAACAAUCAACCGACCGGGUAUAAUUGUACUUGCUCGAGAGGAUGGUCGAAAAAGCAUUGCAAAAUAGAUAUAGAUGAAUGUAAGGAGUCAAUACCAUCACCCUGUUUAAAUAGUGGCAACUGUACAAACACAAACGGGUCAUUUUAUUGUGAGUGUCCAGUGGAAUGGGGAGGCGAUACAUGCGAAACCGAUGUGAACGAGUGUUUGAGCGCUUCUUCACCUUGUUUGUACAAGACGACGUGCAACAAUACAAAAGGAUCCUAUUCCUGUAUUUGUGGCAGCGGUUUAACAGGUCGCAACUGCGAGAGUGAUGUGGACGAAUGUCUAAAAGAGCCAUGUUUCAACAACGGGACAUGUAACAAUACAAUUGGUUCCUUCAACUGCGCAUGCGCACAGAACUGGACGGGUUCAACGUGUGAAAUAGACCUCUCGGCGAGUUUUGCACCAUUUUCUGGUGGUGCGGGUUUCGGAACGGAGAACACGUGGGUGAAUCUGGGUCCGGUUCUAGUGUGUCUCAAGUCGAUAAAAGUUCAGCAAGACGUUGCUUCUGAUAAAACCAAAGCCCUCGAACCCAUCGCGAGUGACAAAGGUGAAGCGUCCGCAUCUGACGUGAGGCCUAUCUUAGCGGACUGAAUCAGGGGCACGUUUGCAUUGGAGGCAAUGCGGGUGCAUGCCCUUGGUUCCGGAUUGUGGAAUGGCAAAAAAGGAGAUUUUACUCGUACUUAGAAAGGACGUUUUGCUUUCUGAGGAUUGCGUUUGUGUAGAUUUGUGAUUCGUUGUAUGCUUGGUUAUAAUAUAUGUUGAACCUAUAUCGAUUAUUAGAUAGUUAAGUGCAUUGUUAUAUUUUUCUGAUCAUUUAGUAAAGAGAUUUUC